GUACUCUAUUGACGAUGCGUGAAAGGCUGUGGAACUUGUGUGUCUUCUAAGCUACAUGCUAGAGUAGUUAUUGUUUUCAUUUUGCAAUAUAUUUGUUGAUAACGAGGCGUCACAUUGGACAUUAUACUUUAACCUGACAGUUGAACUUCUUACGUGUCCUGUUGAACCUGUCACCCACUCAUCCUCACAAUCGGACCAUUCAUACAACAACAUGGCAAGAGUAGGCAGGCUGUCCACCAAUGAUACAGUGCUCCUCCUGUGUGACAUGCAGGAGAAGUUCAGACCAAACAUCUUCCAGUUCCCCAACAUCGUCAGCAAUGCGGCCAGAUUGCUCCAGGCCAGUCGUAUUCUGAGCAUCCCCUGCAUUUUGACAGAGCAGUACCCUAAAGGCUUGGGUCCCACAGUACCUGAGCUGGGAGCAGAAGACCUGAAGGCUCAUGCUAAAACUUCCUUCACCAUGAUGAUAGAGGAGGUGGAGAAGGAGCUAAAGGCCCUGGGGAACCCUAAGCAGGCUAUACUGUGUGGAAUAGAGGCACACGCCUGUAUCGCAUGCACAACAUUUGACCUUCUUGAAAAGGGAAUGGAGGUUCAUAUUGUGGCUGAUGCCGUCUCAUCCAGAAGUCAGACGGACCGUUUGUUUGCUCUGUCUCGACUGAAACAGAGCGGAGCUUUCCUCACCACCACAGAGGCUGUUCUGCUGCAGCUGGUUCAAGACGCCAGACACCCCAACUUCAAGGAGAUCCAGAAGCUUUUGGCCCACCCGUCCCCUGACACCGGCCUCCUCUCCUUCUUCAGCGCUCUGUAGGGAGAUCACCUGUCAUUCUGUCCCACAUAUACUGUACAGAAUUUCACUGCUUCCAACAGAGUGAGAAAGUGCUUCAAUAAAGUGACGCUGCUAUAAAUCUG